AUGCACCAAUUUCGGAUACAAGCUGGCUUCCGAGCCGCAAACAUGAGCUACGUGGGUCAGCCGGGGCGCAAAUUCUUGUAUACGUGGCAUGUGGGAAAUUGGGCGUCGUCCUCAACCCCUCAAGUUGCUCCUGUCGCCGCUGCUCCGGCCCUAGGCAACGUUUGCCUUAACGAUCCGGGCUCCCCUUCAACGUCGAAGAAGAAGCCUACUGCGACGAAGUCGUCAAAGCGCUCUGCACAUGCGACAGAGAGCCUUGGGGUCGUGGAGAUGGCCAGCGUCCCUGGUCAGGCGCAUGUCGGGAAGACCACUAGUGUCGUUGCUGCUCGACAGGAAAAGUCGAAGAAGGCCAAGGUGAUGGGUUACACCCCACCUCCUCCCCCGGACGACCAAGGCAAGACGAGGGGCUGCAAAGCUCCCUUCAAAGGACAGGGUUUCGGGUUGCAGAAGGGGAAGCCGGUUUCCGAGCAGACCGUCGGCGGGAAGAAGCGGUUCUUGGGACACUUUGAAACGGAGAAGGACCAAAAGUUCUGUACGGCCAUCUGCUGGCGCGUGUACUUCCCCGACAUUGUCCUUACCGAGUACGAGGCGUUUACGGCGCUGGAUGAGCAGGAGUGGAAGGUCUAUCUCGAUGCGGCUGCUAAAAUGCCAACCGGCGUUUGGAGCGUGGCGCAAGAACAAGGGCAAUGUCGUUUCGACGUUUUCCAGUUGCUGUUGGCAAAUAAGGAAGUUCGAGCUGGAACCGGCUCGGGAAUUGCGCUGUGUGCGGCGAUUGGUAAGGUCGCGACGCUUGGCAUGAAGCACGAGAACCUGAUUUAUCCGGUUCCUAAUGGCACGGCGGCGACACCACACAUGAUGGCCAUCGCUGCAACUCUGGCGAGCUUGUGGGCGGCGUGCAGGAAGUUGUCGAGGGAGGAUAUUAAGAAGGAUGCCCUAGCUGCCGCAAACGCUGCUCUCUUCGCCCUGAAGACUGCGACCAAGGCUUGUGUGGCUGCCAUGGCCGCGCUCGUGUCCAUACUUUUGCACGUUGGCAAGACGUUCCCGGCGAAGCAGUGGUCCAAUCAGCUGUAUUCGUCGGCUGUCGAAGGUCUCGGCUUGACGGACCCUGUCCUGUUGCAUAUGGUGCGCGUGGCCGCACAGGUCUGCACGCAAUGGUGCUACUGUCGAGCGGCUGCUCGCUUGCUGGAGGACGCGGGCUAUGGCAGCCUAGCAAUGCCAGAAGAAAAGAGCAAGGCGAAGCUGGGCGACGAGGAUGCUACGGAGAUGGAAACGGGCGGGCAAGGGGAGUAG